GAACCCAUUCAUUAUGCGUCAGUGAAUCGUCGAAACAUGGCGCACUGCCUAGCCCGAGCUCUCAGGAAAACUGUUCUGCAAGAGGCCCACCGCCCUGUGUUGGCGGUGGGGCAGUGGUGGUGUUGCCGUGGCAGCCGUCGUGCCCACCACACCCCGGGCACGUCACUGAGGUACGUGCCACGGCGUGCUGUCCUUUACGUUCCAGGCAACGACGUGCGUAAACUGAAGAAACUGACCUCGCUGGACGUGGACUGUGCCGUGCUGGACUGUGAAGAUGGAGUGGCCCUCACCAAAAAGUUUGUUGACAGAUUUCAGCAGCACUUGAAAGGCCGGGCGUUGUCAGAGCCCGUCCGGUUAGUCACCUUCGUGGAAACUGCUGUGGGUCUGCUAAAUUUUAAGGCGGUGUGUGCGGAGGUUCGGGAUCUCGGGCCGAAAGCUGGCCUGCAUCACGACGGUGUGGUCUUCGGCUCGGACGACUUCUGCGCCAGCAUAGGUGCAACGCGCACAAAAGACGCCCGCGAGCUGCUGUAUGCCCGGCAGAAGGUGGUGGUGACCACCAAGGCGUUCGGCCUGCAAGCCAUCGACCUUGUUUACAUCGACUACCAGGAUGGCGACGGGCUCCGGCAGCAGGCCAGGGAGGGAGCGCUCAUGGGCUUCACCGGGAAGCAGGUGAUCCACCCCAACCAGAUUAGGGCGGUUCAGGAGGAGUUCUCCCCCAGCCCAGAGAGGGUCAACUGGGCCCAGGAGCUCAUUGCUGCCUUCGACCAGCACCAGAAGUUGGGCAAGGGUGCGUUCACUUUCCGAGGCAGCAUGAUCGACAUGCCAUCACUAAAGCAGGCCCAGAACAUUGUCACACUGGCCUCAGCUGUCCAGCCCAAGUGACCUUCGCCUGACCUUCAUCUGCCCUUUGACUGACCGGAGUGAUGGCCCAUCCCCAGUCUCAUGCAGGUCAUCUAGUGAUAGACUGUACCUCACCACCCCAAAGAUGCCCUCUUCCUUUCCCUUACUGAAACACUGAUAGAACGCUUUAAUUGGUUAUUGUAAUGUUGUUUAUUUGAAAUAAUGUAUAAAAUGUCUGAAAGUA